AUGGCCGUCGAAGGCCUGAACACGACAGCAGAUGCCCCGGCCUACUAUGCGGCGCCCGUGUCUCCACCGUACGGCCGCAUGGCCAACAGCCUGUGUGGCAUCUACUUGGCAUCAUGGAGCCACCUGCAGGGAAAGCAGCAGUUCGUGGAGGCUGCGAAGAAGGCCGCCAAGGCGGCCGGCUGGAAGUCGGAGGUCGGCGAUGUAACCUCUGUGGAUGUGGCGUUCGUGGAGCCUGGGGAGGGGCCCAAACUUCCCGCCGACAUCAAGUCGAAGAAGGUUUCGCCAUUGCCAGGGCUUCUUUUCCCUGUCCCCACCUUCAGGCAGUCCCCGGGAAACAGCGCGAUUCUGGCAGAGCCAGGCGACUCCUUCAUUCCCAAAGUCAUCGUUCCUGAUCCUCAGUCCCUCCUGCAGGAGCAGGAGUCCAGCAGCAAGAGACGCCUGCGCAAGCAACCCUGA